UGGUUGUUGGGAACAAUGCGGAGCGGUGAUUGGUUGUUGGGAACAAUGCGGAGCGGUGAUUGGUUGUUGGGAACAAUGCGGAGCGGCGAUUGGGAACAAUGGGGAUCACUGAUUGGUUAUUAGGAACAAUAGGGAUCGGUGAUUGGUUAUUGGGAACAAUGGGGAUUGUUUAUUGGGAACAGUGGGGAUCUGUGAUUGGUUAUUGGGAACAAUGGGGAUCGGUGAUUGGUUAUUGGGAACAAAGGCAGUGCAGGACCGCACUAACAAUCAAAAAGUCCUUAGAUUUGUCGAUAUGAUCCUUUUUAAAUCAAUUCACUAAAGUCUAAAAAGCCAACAAACCAAAUCAAACCUAGUGCCAAAGUCACUAAAUUGGCAAGAAUGUUCAAAACUAGUCUGGAAUUAGCCCAAUGGUCAAAAAAAAAUUUUUUUGAUCAAAUGGUUAAAAACUUUUCAAAUCCAAAACAUAUCAAAUAGGGUAUUCACUUUCUGAGUCCAUUUCAAACAGGUAAACCUCAGACCUAGCAAACCUGACAAAUCAUUUAGAGGAAUUACAAACAUUACAAGAGCCAUGAUUCAUUUGUUUCAUUUUUAAUUCUGUUUUAAUCACAAUGAAAAAUGUAACAAUAUGUACAAUCAAGAUUAUAUCGGUCUCAGUAUGUUUAGUAAAUGCACAGUUUGAUAUGAGUCCAGUCUGUUAAAGAUGUCUCGAGAGCAGCUGGUGGUUCAGCAGGCCAGGAAGGCUUUUCAAGCAGGGAGAUCUAAACCGCUGGCUUUCAGAAUACAGCAGCUGAAAAACCUACAGCGUUUCAUUUCUGAAAGACAAAACGACAUCACUCAUGCUCUCAAGAAGGACCUGCGCAAGAGCGAGAAUGGAACACUGCUGUAUGAGAUCUUUGGCCUUGAGGGAGAGAUCAAGCUGGCCCUGAGCAAACUGGCAGAGUGGGCAGCUCCUCGUCCUGUGGCUAAAAAUCUCAUCACCACUUUGGAUGAAGUUUACAUCCAGCCAGAACCUCUCGGGGUGGUGCUUAUUAUCGGCGCUUGGAAUUAUCCGAUAGCUGUGACGCUACAGCCGCUUGUAGGAGCCAUCGCUGCUGGUAAUGCAGCAGUAGUGAAGCCAUCAGAGGUCAGCUCUCACACUGCCAAGGUCAUGGAACUCCUGCACAUGUACUUGGACCCGGAGAUGUACCACGUGGUGACUGGAGGAGUUCCUGAAACCCAGGAGUUGCUGAAGCAGCGUUUCGAUCACGUCUUCUACACAGGAAACAGCACAGUGGGGAAACUGGUGAUGGAAGCAGCCGCACACCACCUCACACCAGUCACCCUGGAGCUGGGGGGGAAAAGUCCCUGCUAUAUUGAUAAAGGCUGUGACCUCCGAAUAGCCUGCCGCCGCAUCACAUGGGGGAAGUAUGUUAACUGUGGUCAGACCUGCAUAGCCCCUGAUUACAUCCUUUGUGAACCUUGCAUCCAAGACAAAGUGGUGGACGAGAUUAGAAAAUGCAUUCAGGAAUUUUAUACAAACGAUCCUAAGACCUUCACAGACUAUGGACGCAUCAUCAACCAGCGGCAUUUCAAGAGGAUAAUGGCUCUCAUGGAGGGCAGCACAGUGGCUAUCGGGGGAGGACAUGAUGAAUCCCAGUGCUACAUUGCUCCCACUGUCCUAAAAGAUGUAACGCCAGAAUCAAAGGUGAUGCAGGAUGAGAUCUUUGGGCCUGUACUGCCCAUCGUCCCUGUGAAUGGACUGAACGAAGCCAUCCAGUUCAUUAAUGAAAGAGAGAAGCCUUUGGCGAUAUACAUCUUCUCUUCCAGUAAGAAGGUAAUAAAGAAGAUGAUGCUGGAAACGUCCAGCGGAGCGCUAUUAGCCAACGACUGCCUUGUUCAGUAUACCAUCAGUGACUUGCCUUUUGGUGGUGUUGGUAACAGUGGGACUGGUCGCUACCAUGGCAAGUACACGUUCGAUCAGUUGAGUCACCUGCGCAGCUGCCUCAUUAAAGAUCUGAACAUGGAAUGGCUCAACCUGAUCCGCUACCCACCUCACACGGCCGAGAAACUACGUUGGGCCCGAAUGCUCCUCACCAAGCAGGUGAACAUGAAACGCUGGCGACAGUUGGCGCAGGUUGCUAUGCUCACUGCGUUGGCAGCUUUUGUGGUGCAGAGGUUCUUGCGAUAAGGUGGCUGAAAAGGAACACCAACAGUCCCAUCCAGGCUUGUCUGGAAACUUUUUGGAAACUCUGGAAACUCUUUACUGUAGAAUUAAUAAUAAAGAGCAAACGUGUAGUAGAACUUUACUUUGUAAACUGUGAUUUGGAAACAAAAAAAGAACAGUGGGAAAAUAGUAACCAUGUGUUAAAGCAAGGUAGAAACAUACCUACCAUACAUUUCGUAUUACGGACUUUAUCUGAAUGUAAAUCAAACAAGCAUUAACUACUUCUAUUAUGCAAUUAUACACUAUAAUAUAAGUAUCUUAUACAGGGUGUCCCAAAAGUCUCCAUAUAUAGGGGACUAUGUCUGCCAGCACCACAUCAGUUGUGCCUUCGUCAGUGGAUGUUUGUGGAUGUUCGUGGAUGGCCAACACUUCCAGUCUUUUUAAAUUUGUUAAUAAGUUUAGUGACAUUAACAAGCUUACAGCAGCUUCCCAAUCCAGCCAUGAGAAUGUUUUCAAUACGUUCUUUUGUCAAAGGCAUUCUUACAGGCUAUUUGGGGGAAUAUAAUAUAUAUAAGACAUUCUGCUAAAAAAAUAUUAAUUUCCCCAAUGUAUGGAGACUUUUAGGACACCCUGUAUAAAUAUCUUGUAUCUGGAUUGCAUUUUUGAUAUCCCUUUUGGGGGAAAAAAAACCCUUAUAAUAGAUUUAAAAAGCUGUUACAAUGUGUAUUUUAUAAUAAAUAUUUUUGGUAGGCACUGGGGAUAUAGUAAUUGUUACAAAUGUUCAGGAUGUGUUCCUUAUAAUGUGUGUAUUCGAUGUAAAAUAUCCUUUCAUCAACAGUCAGAAUUCUUUGGAAAAUAAGCUAAACUGUACAGUAUUUAGAAACUCCAGGCUUGGCCUCAGUUUCCUUGUUAAACUCUGUACUGAAUGUAAUUCAUGUUAUAUCCAGGGUAAUUUGACACUUUUCUUAAGGAAGGUAUGGACGGUAUAUUAUUAUUCAUUUUAUAAGAAGAAUUAUAUAAUCGGCUGUUCAAUAAAUCAUCUAAUUCGCCCUACAUGUUACUUUGGACUUUGAGGUGUAAAGGGCAAUUCACUCUGUGUUCAUUUAGUAUCUUGUGUGUAAAAUGUAGGUCAAGUAAUACAAAGUCUUGAGCUUUCUUUCUAGCAAAAUAAAACUCAUCUGGUGUGUAAUUAUUAGGCUUGUUGUGUGCAGUUUGU